AUGUCAUCAAGUUUAAGUCAAGUAUUUGUUCUAACUAUAAUUGGAAAGGGGGAUAUACCAUUGUAUGAAGCUGAUUUAUCAAUAAAUAGUAAGAGAGAUAUAUCUGAACAUUUAACACAAUUUAUAAUUCAUCAAUCAUUAGAUUCUUUAGAUGAAAUAGUAUGGAAAAGUUCUAGUAUGUUUUUAAAAAAUAUUGAUAGUUUUAAUAAUUAUAGUGUAUCAGCAUAUUGUACCCCUGGUCAUAUGAAAUUUUUAUUAUUAUAUAAAAAUAGAAAUGAAGGAGGAAACAAUACUACCAAUACAAAUAUAUAUAUUCCAUCAGAUGAUCAUAUCAAAUCAUUUUUUGAAACAGUACAUGAAAAUUAUAUUAAGGUUUUAUUAAAUCCUUUAUAUGAACCUAAUGGUAUUAUAACCAGUUCCUUGUUUGAUCAAAAUGUUCAUUUGGCAGCAAAAAAAUAUUUACACCAAUAA